GUGGUUCUCCUGGGGAUUGACAUCCUUUCUGCGCUAGUGUCCCGCUUGCAAGAUCGUUUCAAGGCCCAGAUUGGCACAGUGCUGCCAAGUUUACUUGAUAGGCUGGGAGACUCUAAGGACUCGGUGAGGGAGCAGGACCAGACCUUGCUGCUAAAGAUCAUGGAACAAGCUGCUAACCCUCAGUAUGUGUGGGACAGGAUGCUAGGAGGAUUCAAACACAAGAAUUUCCGGACGAGAGAAGGGAUUUGCCUCUGCCUUAUUGCAACACUCAAUGCAUCUGGAGCUCAGAGUUUGACACUGAGUAAGAUAGUGCCACAUAUAUGUAACUUACUUGGAGAUCCAAACAGCCAGGUUCGAGAUGCAGCAAUAAACAGCCUUGUGGAAAUUUACAGACAUGUUGGUGAACGUGUAAGGGCUGAUCUUGGUAAAAAAGGACUACCCCAAUCUCGGUUGAAUGUGAUUUUUACAAAAUUUGAUGAGGUCCAAAAAUCUGGAAACAUGAUCCAGAGUUCAAGUG